AAGUCAUGCUUCGAAUCUGUUCCACGUUGGCUCGAGAUACCUCAGAAUCCAGCUCCUUCUUAAAGGUGGACCCACGAAAGAAACAAAUCACGUUGUAUGACCCACUGACUUGCGGAGGUCAAAAUGCCUUUCAAAAGAGAGGAAGCCAGGUCCCGCCAAAGAUGUUUGCCUUUGAUGCCGUUUUUCCACAAGAUGCUUCCCAGGCUGAAGUGUGUGCUGGAACCGUGGCGGAGGUGAUCCAGUCUGUGGUCAACGGGGCAGAUGGCUGCGUGUUCUGCUUCGGUCAUGCCAAGCUGGGAAAAUCCUACACCAUGAUUGGAAAAGAUGAUUCCAUGCAGAGCCUCGGCAUCAUCCCCUGUGCUAUCUCGUGGCUCUUCAAGCUCAUCAAUGAACGGAAGGAAAAGACCGGAGCCCGUUUCUCAGUCCGCAUCUCAGCAGUGGAGGUGUCGGGGAAACAGGAGACCCUUCGGGACCUGCUGUCUGAGGUGGCCACGGGCAGCCUGCAGGACGGCCAGUCCCCUGGGGUGUACCUCUGCGAGGACCCCAUCUGUGGCAUGCAGCUGCAGAACCAGAGCGAGCUGCGUGCCCCCACCGCAGAGAAGGCCGCCUUCUUCCUGGAUGCCGCAAUCGCCUCCCGCAGGAGCCACCAGCAGGACUGGGAUGAGGAUGACCACCGCAACUCCCACAUGCUUUUCACCCUGCACAUCUACCAGUACCGGAUGGAGAAGAGUGGGAAAGGUGGAAUGUCUGGAGGACGAAGCCGCUUGCACCUCAUUGACCUUGGCAGUUGUGUGAAAGCCCUGAGCAAGAAUCGGGAAGGGGGCUCAGGGCUGUGCCUCUCGUUGUCUGCUCUGGGCAACGUCAUCCUGGCUCUCGUCAAUGGGAGCAAACACAUCCCAUACAAGGACAGCAAGCUCACCAUGUUGCUGCGGGAGUCCCUGGGGAACAUGAACUGCCGCACCACCAUGAUUGCUCACAUCUCGGCAGCGGCGGGGAACUACGCAGAAACCCUGUCCACCAUCCAGAUUGCAUCCCGAGUCCUAAGGAUGAAGAAAAAGAAGACGAAGUACACGUCGAGCUCCUCAGGGGGAGAAAGCUCCUGUGAAGAAGGCCGGAUGCGCCGGCCCACGCAGCUGAGACCAUUCCACACCAGGAAUGCCGUGGACGCCGACUUCCCAAUCCCUCCCUUGUCCAGUGACCCCGACUACUCGUCCAGCAGCGAGCAGUCCUGCGACACCGUCAUCUACAUCGGGCCUAACGGCACAGCCCUCUCUGACAAGGAGCUCACUGACAACGAGGGCCCCCCCGACUUUGUCCCCAUCGUGCCAGCCUUGCAGAAGACCAGAAGCGACAGCCGGCCUGGCGAGGCAGGAGAGGCUGCCGCCUGCAAGUCAGAAAGGGACUGCCUGAAGUGCAACACGUUUGCGGAGCUGCAGGAGAGGUUGGAUUGCAUCGAUGGCAGCGAAGAGCCCAGUACGUUUCCUUUUGAAGAGCUGCCUGUCCCGUUGGGGGCCGAGCAGGCCGGCAAAUGCCCCUCACUAAGCCAAGCUGCUGGGGCCGACUCCCUCUCUGAGUCGGAGAAGGAAGAGAACAGCUCUGGCAGCCAGCUGACGGAGAGGGAAGGUGCUGACCCUUCGGCCGCCUGCGGGAUGCAGCGGAACCACUCCCCCGUGCUGGUCCUGGCCGCGGCACUCAGCGGCAGCCCGGGGCCUUCCUCUCCCAGAAGCAUCCCGGGCAGCAGCAGCCAGCACAGUGCCUCCCCACUGGUGCAGAGCCCCAGCCUCCAAAGCAGCCGCGAGAGCCUCAACUCCUGUGGCUUUAUGGAAGGGAAGCCCCGGCCGAUGGGCUCACCCCGACUGGGCAUCGCUAGCUUGUCCAAGACCUCAGAGUACAAGCCUCCCAGCUCUCCUUCUCAGAGAUGCAAGGUCUACACCCAGAAGGGCGUCCUGCCCGCUCCUGCCCCCCUGCCUCCUCUGAGCAAGGAUUCUGGCAUGGUGUCAAGUGAGUCCUUGCUGCAGCCCGAGGUCCGAACCCCCCCGGUUGGAAUGAGCCCCCAGAUUUUGAAGAAAUCCAUGUCAGCUGGCAGCGAGGGGCUCCCCGAAGCCCCUCUUGAGGAUGAGCAUGCUGCAGCAAUGUCUCCAGAGUCCAAGCAGGAGAUCUUGAGCACCACCACAGUGACGGUGCAGCAGCCCCUGGAGCUGAACGGCGAGGACGAACUGGUCUUCACCCUGGUGGAGGAGCUGACCAUCAGCGGGGUCCUGGACAGCAGCCGGCCCACCAGCAUCAUCAGCUUCAAUAGUGACUGCUCCGUGCAGGCCUUGGCCUCCGGCUCUCGGCCUGUCAGCAUCAUCAGCAGUAUCAGCGAGGACCUGGAAUGCUACUCAAACGUGGCUUCUGUCUCCGAGGUCAGCAUCACGCAGUUCCUGCCCUUCCCGAAGCUGGCGCUGGACGAGAAGGCCCGGGAGCCCAGGAGCCGGCGCUCCUCCAUCAGCUCCUGGCUGAGCGAGAUGAGCACAGGCAGUGAUGGCGAACAGUCCUGUCACAGCUUCAUAGCCCAGGCUUGCUUCGGGGAUGGCGAAGCCAUGGCUGAGCCUCCAGCCUCGGAGUUUGUCAACAGCAUCCAGAACACCGCCGUGGUGUGCAGGGAGAAGCCCAAGGCGGGCCCCGAUAAUGUGCUCAUCUUGUCUGAAAUGGGGGAGGAUGCUUUCAACAGGGGCACCCCCAUCAAAGCUUGCAAGAUAUCAACUCUGGGCAAAACCAUGGUCACCAUCUCCAACACGGCCAAUCUGGGCCGCUGUGAAGGCUACCUCCCCAUGAAGACCAACAUCACCGUCUAUCCCUGCAUUGCCAUGGGCCCCCUGGACAUCCAGGAGACCGAGAUGUCCACCACCUCACGCAGCUCGGCCCUGCCCCAGGAGACCCUAGAGACCAGUGCCAAGAGGGAGAUGAAAUUCGAGGACCCUUGGCUCAAACGAGAAGAAGAGGUGAAAAAAGAGAACACUUAUCCUAACGAAGAGAUUCGGUGUGAGACUGGGCCCAGCCCCACAAAGCCCAAGGCUGGGCCUGAGCAGGGGCAGGAGCCGGAGGUCGGCGCAGGCGACAGGCUCAGCAGCAGCAGCGGGGAGGUCUCUGCCUCCCCGAUGGCCGACAACUGCCACAGAAUCGUGGAUGGCUGCGAGAUGGCCUUGCCCACUCCGACGGCCCAGAGCCCUGGGCCUUCCAAUAGGAACCUGAAGUCCAGCAGCCUCCCCAGGGCUUUCCAGAAAGCCAGCAGACAGGAGGAGCUAGACAGCCUCUUCUACCACUGUGCUGCCGAGCUCAGUGGCGUGGGCACAGCUUUGGGCACCCAGCCCACCAAAGCAACCCUGGAGAGGAAGAUGGCGUCACCCAAGCAUUGCGUCCUGGCUCGGCCCAAGGGGACACCCCCUCUUCCCCCUGUCCGAAAGUCCAGCUUGGACCAGAAGAACAGGGCCAGCCCCCAACACAGUACGGGCAGCAGCAGUACCAGCAGCCCCUUGAACCAGCCAGCCACUUUCUUGGCCAGCUUCCCAGAUGAGCCCGGUAGCAAAAUGAAGGAUGCCAGCAGUAGCAGCAAGCUCUUCAGUGCCAAACUAGAACAGCUGGCCAGCCGGACCAACUCCCUGGGUCGGACGACCGUCAGCCACUACGAAUGCCUCUCACUGGAGAGGGCCGAGAGUCUAUCGUCCAUGAGCUCCCGGAUGCACGCGGGCAAGGACAGCACCAUGCCCCGUGCGGGGAGGAGCCCGGGCCGCAGCGCAGGGGCCUCGCCAACCAACUCGGGCACCACCCAGUCUGCGGGGGCCUCCCCCAAGGCCAGCCAGUCCAAGAUCUCCGCUGUGAGCAAGCUUCUCUUGGCCAGCCCCAAGGCGCGGAGCCUGUCCACCUCCGCCACCAAAACCCUCAGCUUCUCCACCAAGUCCCUGCCCCAGUCCGUGGGCCAGAGCUCCAACCUGCCCCCCAGCGGGAAGCACAUGUCCUGGUCCACCCAGUCUCUGAGCAGGAGCAGGGGCUCCGGCUCGGGCCUGGCAGCCAAGCUGCCCCUGCGAGCAGUCAACGGCCGCAUCUCCGAACUGCUGCAGGGCAGCGCGGGUCCCCGGGCGCUGCAGCCGCGCGCCGGGCCCGAGGCAGACGAGCGUGGUGGCCAUGCGGAGGAGAAGGCCGCGGCCCCCGUGCACGUGCUGCCCUCGCCUUACAGCAAGGUCACCCCGCCGCGCAAGCCCCACCGCUGCAGCAGUGGGCACGGCAGCGACAACAGCAGCGUGUUGAGCGGGGAGCUCCCGCCGGCCAUGGGGAAGACAGCCCUCUUCUACCACAGCGGGGGGAGCAGUGGCUACGAGAGCAUGAUGCGCGACAGCGAGGCCACGGGCAGUGCCUCCUCCACCCAGGACUCCAUGAGCGAGAACAGCAGCUCCGUCAGCGGGAGGUGCCGCAGCCUCAAAACUCCGAAGAAACGGUCCAAUUCAGGCUCACAAAGACGACGGCUCCUCCCAGCGCUCUCCCUGGACACAUCCUCCCCGGGCAGAAAGCCCACCAAUAGCUCCGGGGUCCGCUGGGUGGAUGGCCCCCUGCGGAGCAGCCAGAGGGGCCUCGGGGAACCUUUCGAGAUUAAAGUCUAUGAAAUCGACGACGUGGAGCGGCUGCAGCGGCGGCGAGGGGGCAGCGGCAAGGAGGUCGCGUGCUUCAACGCAAAGCUGAAAAUCCUGGAGCAUCGCCAGCAGAGGAUCGCCGAGGUCCGGGCCAAGUAUGAGUGGCUGAUGAAGGAGCUGGAGAUGACCAAGCAGUAUCUGAUGCUGGAUCCCAACAAAUGGCUGAGUGAAUUUGACUUGGAGCACGUUUUGGAACUGGAUUCCCUGGAGUACCUGGAAGCGCUCGAGUGCGUGACGGAGCGCCUGGAGAACCGUGUCAACUUCUGCAAGGCCCACCUCAUGAUGAUCACCUGCUUCGACAUCACUUCUCGGCGCCGAUAAGAAGAGCUGGACCCCUGGCCCACAGCCCCUCACAGAGACGGUCACACCCUGGGUUGGCAGCACUCAAAGACACUAGAACGAGGAUGAAGGUUGGUGGCAAGUCUGGAGCGGACGUUGAAUAGAAGGCGAGGAUUCUUUUGUGUUCUGUAGGACAGGUGCACACACCAAACACGUGGAAGGAGACAAUGAUGGGAAGCCCAAGGGACGUCACAGCCCCACGAGACUGAAAAAGCACUUUGAGGAACUUUAAAGACCUUGUUUGUACAUAAGAACUGUUAGCAAAAGACACCUCCCCCUUCUCGCUUUCCGAGGACGGGGAGGGUGGGCGUAGGAUUGCCGUGGAAGCUAAAGGAAAACAACAGGAAAAAAGUUACCCAGAAUGACUGAUUAAGUGCCUUGCAAAUCUUUAUUAUUACCCAAACAUUUAUGUUCGUACUGUCUUGUGUACAGAUGGUGCUAGUCAAGACGAAAACAGCAACGACGCAACAACGGAAAACGAACCCCCAACACAUCUUUUGCAGUGUAUUUAUAGCUCGUUUCCUCUUGGUGUUUUAUCCUCUUUCUAACUCACUGUUUCUAAGGAUGUUGUGUUUGUAGAGAUUUCCUAAUCAGUAUUGCAUAUGAAUAAAUGUUAACCGUCCUCUAUGGUUCUUCUGGUCAGGCCUCUUGGCAGAGCCCGGAGACUUCAUCACACAAACCAGGGUGUUCCCUGAGGUUGUGAGCAGCAGGGGAGGCAGGAUGCCACCUCCCAGACAGCACACGGCCAGGGACAGACUCAGCACUGAGUGAGGAGCAGGCGCACAUGAGCUCUAGCAAGCAGAAGAGAAAGACUAACCCAUAUGGUGUGGGCCCUGCGUGACUCUCAUCAGUAGGAUGGUCUGUUCCCAGUUCCCUCGCUAAGUCUGGACACAUGGACUGAUCCUUUCCCCAGCAAUCCAGGCCUCGCAAGGGCCCCCGAUGUUCCUCAUGUUCAUUUCUAUCCCAAAGACUCUUGGUUGAAAGCUUGAACCAUUCCCACAGAGCCAUACUUUUUAAUUUUCGAGUUUUGUCUAUUGAUGAAAGCAGCCCCCUCUCCCCCCCACCUCCCCAAGGAGAGACCAUCAUCUCGGGCUGACCUAAGCUAAGAGACUCAAGCAGUUUGAGUUGAGGACAAGAUCAGGUCUUGAGAUUGCAAAGCGAGUGCACUUUCCUGUUGUGCAGACGAGCGAGACGUUCAGCUCCUACCCAAGAAGGCUGAAGGCCCUCACCCUUGACACCUGGAGGCAGAGAAAGCUGCCUUCUCGACAACUCCUUGACUGUGGAGAGGCACAGGGCCGAGGUUAAGGAAUACAGGAACGCAGCUCUUGUAUUGUCCGUCUCUGCGCAGUUUACUCCGACUCGUGUGGGCCACAUGUCAGACUGUGACAUUGCCCCAUCCUGUGCCAUCUCCAUGGUCCUUGGCAUGUUUGGGCCCUUUGUUGUAGCCAUUGUGUCCACUCAUCUCAUUGACAGUCGCCCUGGUUUUGGUUGACCCCUACUUUAUCAAACAUGAUGUCGUUCUUCGCUUCCCAAGACUUAGAACCUUCUCAGAUUUAGAUUCAUCCUUCCCUACAAUAUUUCCCUAAGGGAUUAGUGAACUCACCAGAGUGAUAGAACCCAAGGAAGUGAGUGGUCAAGGGAUUUGCCUGGUAACAGCUGUGGGGCGGCAGAGGCAGCUCAGGGCCCUCUCCCAGAGGGCCAGCUUUCUUGAUGCUGAGGGAGCCAGCAAUUUGCACAUAGUCCUCUUCAAGUUUUCACCUCCAAUGCUAUAGACCUCCACGAGUCUCUUUAGGCGAGAUAGUGGCCGCUAACCAAUUCCCCAAAGAAGGUGUUCUGCCAGUGCCCCUGUGAACACAUCACUCCCAGCUCAGCCAGCUCGGCACCCAGCAGGGCUCAGCGAACUCUGUAGCGGGGAGCUGAUGUCUCCUGAGCCUCAGAGCACUCGUCCCAGCAGCCUGUGGACUUAGGACAGGGCAAAGCUGGCCCUGUUUGCUCACUGGUUUUGAGACCAGCCCGUCAACUAGACACCAACUCCGAGGAUCCUAAGUCGUAAUUGGCACGUUCUGUAUGAGUCUGCUCAGAAGCAGAGGGGCUCACAGGAGAUCCGCCCCAAUGUGCUGGUUAAAGGCAUGGGAGUUAUAAGUUACAUGGAGUUAGCCAUUUCCCCCUCUGUAGCAUCACCCAACUUCAGUUGUGUGUCAUCCCAGUUUCUUAACGGAAGCCCAUUCUGGAGGACAUCUCCAUGAAGCGGAACCGAGCCUGGGCUCCCAGCACUUGUGUGAGUAGGUGAAAGCUGCUGGGUCCUCAAAGGCGCCAGCUUGGGUUUCAGUUUAGCCCUGGGCAGCCCUUCUGGUUGUUAGUGUGAAAUACGCCACUUCACGCAAAGCCUGUCCUGUCCCGGGUGAGUAUUCCAAGUCCUGUUGGCACUUCAUUCACUUGAUACGGACCCAGUGUGCUCGCUUUGGCCCUGGGGUACAGGCUGCAUUCACCUCCCUAAGCCAUCAGCUCCAGGAUACGGGUGCCUUUCCUGGAGGAAAACCAAGUGAGAAGAGCUACCUAGAUUUCAAACCUCGGCCACCGGGCUCUUUCCUAGCCAGGCCCCUGCCUACGCCCCCUUUCUUACAUUUAGCACAGCGGGGCGUGAAACCAAGAACUGUUUCCCUGAGAUUGCCUGCCCAAGCUGCUGAGGCAACCUUACAGAGCAAAUGCACGGGACUCUGUGGGCCAUGGGUUAGGAAAGCAAUUCCAUGUGCAUGUUGUCCAUUCUGGCUUUUUCUUUAAGCCUAAGGAAGCUGACAAUGUAUUCAUUUACCAGAGAUGGAUAAACCAUGGAUCUGUGCUAGGUGUUCGUUCCUGGCUCUGCCUAGACACAGCAGACCUGGCCAACCCCUGAAGAAUGAUGCUCUGUGCAAUGACCGUAAGGUUGUUCCAGAUUGCACUUUGGUUUGGACAACAGCCCACAGAGACAAAGAGGAAUGACAAAAACCAAAUUAAUUGCCCUCAAGUCGAUCUUGUUUUACUGGAUAGGGUAGAACAGCCCCGGUGGGUUUUCAAGACUAUCACUCUUUACGGGAGUAGAAACCAUCAUUCCCCCCCAAGGAGCAGCCAAUGGUUUCAAACUGCUGACCUUGCAGUGAGCAGCCCAAUGUACAACCACUCGUUCACCAAGGAGGCCAUGGAGCCAAUUUCUAGUGCAUUAUUCACAAAUGAAAAGAUCAGGAGAAUGUUUGUUUGCAAUUAAUGUUUAGAUAUGAAAGCCCCGACUUGUCUGAAAGGUACCAUCUCCCCCAAAUACAAAAUCGAUCAGUUUGAGAGUAGAUCAAAACUAAGAUUCCACAGCCAUAACCUCCCAACUGCUGCCAGCACGCACCCCUUCCCCCCAGGAAAAGGAAAGAAAAGAAGGAGAAAGCAAAUGGUGAUACUGUCGGUCCAGGAGCAAGGCCAGAUAGUAUUUCAUGAUGGUGUUUCAUGCUGAGGUAGUUUGCUUUAUCCUGGGCGUCCAAUUCCCACCUGACAACUGCCACCUUUGAUCUACUUGUCCUUGAAGUCCCCUCUGAGUCCUGGGGAAGCUGCCUCUCCCUUUCAUCUCUGCCUGAUUUGAAAUCAGAGCACUCUGCCUGUUGUUUUAUCUCCGUUGCUAUUCGGAACAUGGGGACUCAGGAUGCAAAUGCAGAGGUUGGUCUCAUAUUGACACAGGUGGGGCUCAUACAAGGACCCCCACAGGAGGCUGCAGUUGUUUGGGUUUGUUUCCCCCCAAUAUUAGAAGCUGGGAUAAAAGACCAGGCAGUCGGCUUGGGGAAUUUGGCAGACAGGAGCUAGGCCCGGCUUGUCAUAAAUUAGCCUCAAGCCUAGUGUGUCCCUGUAAGGUGACAGUGAUUCCAUUACAGUCACACAUGCAUGACGGUGGUUCGCAAAGUAACACAGACUCAAUAGUGUGUUUGCUGCGUGGGUCUGCUGUGGAGCAAGACACGCAGUUGUGCCUACACGGGGACGCCGCUUCUGUCCCUGUGGGCAGCGCCUCCUUUGGGCUUCCAAUUCUAAUGCUCAUCGUCAGCUUGGUUAGGCUGUAAGCCUCCCCGACUGGGAUCAAAUCACAUUCAAAACCUGGUUGUUAUUCUUGGGGUAGAGGGUCAGGCUUCCAGGAGCGCACUUUGUGUUCAAUGCAAACAUCGCUGCCCGCGUCCUCGCGAUGGCAAUGUUGCCCUGACUGUAGCUCCGCUCCUCAUUCCACACAGGGCUCCAGACUGAACAGCAGCGAGUUCACUUCCAGACUGAACAUGGCAGCGUGCCUAAACGCACACACUGUGUUUUCCUUCCAGACUCUUGGCCCUCUCUGAGCAUCUACGCAAAGAUUUCCUAACUUUUCAGGCAUGGACCCUGAAGCCAUAGCCGUACAAAGGACAACUUUGAAGUCCUGUUCGCUGCUAGCUGAUACAGAGUCCACUGUGGCUCCCACCUGCUGUCCUUGUCACCUGGCCCAGCUUCACUGCCAGGUAGCAAGUCCCACACCGGAGGCCAGCACCGCCCCCUGUACUCGGGUCCAGCGGAAAUAAAGCCAGAGGUGCAGUCUCACUGAACACCUUGCCAGUUUAAGUUCUUUCUCUGGGGCUGAGGGUUAGGGAAGGUGGCAGAAAUAUAACGAUCACAUCCAUUUAAUUACAGCAUCUCUCCCAGAAAAUAAUCUGUCAACAUCUGUGGGUAAACAUUCAAUUCAAUUAUGUCAUGGAGCAAUCUUUCUGACAAAAUACAUACCCUUUGUAACAAACUGCUCAUUAUUUCCAGAUUUAAAACACAAAAACAGUUCCAACCCCCAAAAUGCGCUUGACGUUAAAGUCAUUUCUCAAAAAAAAAACCAAAAGAAUCCCCCAAAACCCACAAAUUUAUCUCCCUGUCCCUGAUCAUUGUCUGCAUUGGGGUAACCCCACUCAGAAAUGGAGAUGAUGUCCCAUGUUGGGCAUAAGAGUGGUGUGGGUGCUUGCUGGCCUCUCGGGUGUUAGUCUUCCCAGUGUCUGUUGUGGUGGGCUGGCUCCUGAAACAUGGGCAUGCCUGCAUCUGUGUCUGUGUACAUAGAGGUGACCUUCAAAACCAAAAAAUAAAGAAAGCUCCAACAACAAAAUCCAAAUUAAGGGUCCCUCGACUGCCAGCGAACACCCUGCACAUUCAUGUUCAAUUUUUGAAGAAGCUAUCACGAUCUGUAAUCUCAUGAUGUCUAAUAGCGUUGCCUGCGUCUUAUCAUUUCUGUUUGCCUCGUGGUUGGGAUGUGGCUGGUCAGUGGAUUGGUCUGUGGCUGUGUUUCCUCCGUGCUCUCAAAGUCUGUUGGGGAGACACGGGGUAGGGGUGGGAACAUAGAAAUAACCCAGGAGAAGAGGGAUUACGGUGCAGUCCUCAAAGUACGGGCUUAGUGCAAGAUCUAAGCUGUUCAUAGAAUAAGUGCCCAAAGGGGCCAAGAUACCUUCCUUUUGAAUUUGAGGAUAAUGUAUGUGCGAAGGCGACUGCACAGGCCUGGGGACAAAGGGCCCAGCGUCUUCCGAAUGGGUCACUACUAAAUGGGGUGGGGUAAGCUGAAAAUACUAGGCGUCUACAUUUCCUUAAGAACCCCCCUAUCCCUGGUGCUACUAAAGGGGUUUAGGAAAACACGUAGUAUUUCUUACUUUGAAUCUCUAUAGUACCUGUUUGUUUUUCAUUUCUGGAGAAAACAAAGCACUUUAGUGAGUCUUACAACCCAUGCUGCUUAAGGCAUCGUUUCCCCUCACUGCGCCCCUGAGAGGCAGGGAGGGGCCGGGGGCAGUAGUCUCAUUUAAGAGGCAGCUAAACCUGGGGGGGAAGCCUUAAGCGAGGAGUAAGGGAGCCCCGAGGACCAGGCCCAGCUUCUUCCCCAGCUAUGCAAACUUGGGCAAGUCACUUAACCUUGCUGAGCCUCAGAUUCCCCAUCAGAAAAGUAGGGGUGAUGCCAGCUGCCCUUUGGGAUGGUAUGAAGAAAAAAUGGUAUAAUUGAAGAAAAGUGCUUUGAAGAAAUUAAAGCUCGAUGAGAGCAAGGGAUAAGCACUUAUCAAAGAAGCAACCGUAGUCAAGAGUUCACAAGUGGUCAAGUUCACAGUCAUUUGUGACUGUGCACACAAGUAGCAGAACUGGGAUGUGCAAGGUUUGCUCUUCCCACUAAAUAGCAGUGCUCCAGGCGUGUAUGUGUGAAUUGCACACACCCCUCCUGUGCUCCUGGGUGUGUGUGCAGGGGUGGGGAUGCACACACUGUACAGAGGGUGGGCAGCCUGGGAGAGAGUAUACCAGGUCCCAAAACGGCUUCCUAAUGCCAGUUCGGGCAACAGUCCUCUGGUCUUAGGCAGUUCACCUAACUCCUCUGGAACUUGGUUUUCUAAUCUGCAAAAAGAGGAUGCGUACUAAGUGAUUUCCUGGGUCCUUUGGUCUAGCUCUCUGGUUCCAUGAUGAACAAUGUAUGUAUGUAUAUAGAAAUAUGCUUAUCUGUAGAAACGGGCCGAUUGAUGAUUGGAAACCACCGGCCUGCCCAAGUGCUGUUCUUGUGUCAGAACCCAUGAACUCACCAAGUCCAUAAAAGCUUGUUUCAAAAUUCCGUGCUAGUAGUGGAUGACGUUGCUUUCCAGUCACUGUUUAACUGGAUGAAAAAUGGUGCCAUUUGAAAAAAAAAAGUUCUUAGCACACACGUAUUUGCUGUCCACAUUGUUUUAAUCAAGUUCACUGUUGCCGUCAAGACAUUCAGCCAUUCUGUACUUGGGCAGGUUCCAACAGCCUAUUUGCAAGCAGGCUGGUGUUGUGGGGGGGCCUUUAUGUCGCUAUAUAAAUGUUGCCUGUUGGCUUGAUCACGGUAAAUAUAAGCAGGCUGCUUGGAGAACCGUCCAGAAAAGACAGUUCUCAUUCUCACAAACGGGCGACAUGAUCCCAUUAAGCUGUGUGCCAUUUCCAGUGUGAAGACAUUGUUUGCUGGCUAAGAUCUCUGACUUUUUGUGGCAUAUGAGGUAUAAAAUGUUGUUUGAACAAGAAUCUGGUGUUUAAAAGAAUCAAACUAUGAUGGCAUUAAAUGUUCACUUCUAUUCUA